AUGUCAUCGUUGAUCAUCAGUAGAUCACGAAGCAGAGCUGUCCUACUCUGGAAAACCCAUGGAAUCGAAAUCGCAAGUAUUUUCUCCCACGCGUUUGCAGAUUCAGUUUCGGCUUCUGGGUUCUCCUCAGAUGCAACAAGAAGCUUCAAAACUACAUCUUCUGGAUUCGAAUCUAGAAAAAUUAGCAACUUGACUAUUUCCAGAAGCAAUUUCGUCUCCACGACUCGACCAUUGAGCUCAGAAGCUGUACCUGUUGCUUCGACUUGUGACGGACUUACGGUGGAACGAAUCAUAGCUAACCAAUGGCCGAUUUUAGACGAAAACGAGAGUGAUUGGAAGAGCCACGCUGCAGCAAUUGCACAGUCCAUUCAAGUCAUCAAGAGACGCUUGCAGUGGAAAAAACUGUUGGUGAGGCUUAGAAUGUUAUCUGUAGAGUUGAAUAAACCUCAUCUCUGGGAUGAUCCAACUCAUGCUGGUAAGAUAAGCCGAGAGCACGGUUCGCUCACAGGGAAAAUGAAAGGGGUUAUGACGUUUGAGAGAGAGUUGCUUGAACACAUUGACAUGUUAAAACUCGCUAAAGAGGAGAAUGACUCAGAGUUAGAAUCGGAAACUAUGAGUGCAUUGACCGAAAUGAGAAGGGUUUCGAAAGAGAAAGAACUGGAGGCUUUAUUAUCUGCUGAGAAUGAUCAUUGUUCCUGCUACAUAGAGGUUCAAGCUGGAGCUGGAGGAACCGAGAGCAACGAUUGGGCAUCAAUGGUAAUGGACAUGUACAAAACAUGGGCUCAACGACGCAAAUUCUCUGUCACUGUCGUCGAUGAAAUGCCUGGGGAGAUGGCAGGAAUCAAGCGUGCGACAAUCAAACUGAAUGGUGAAUACGCCUAUGGAUAUGCAAAAGCAGAAGUUGGAGUUCAUAGGCUGGUGCGUAUAUCACCGUUUGAUAGUGGAAAACGGAGGCACACAUCAUUUGCUGCGGUUGCGGUGAUUCCGAUUCUAGGUGACGGGUCGACCCGAGUGCAGAUCAAUGACUCGGAUCUCCGGAUAGAGCGGUUCCGUUCUGGAGGAGCUGGUGGACAGCAUGCUAACACGACGGACAGUGCUGUAAGAAUCAUUCACAUACCAACUGGCAUAACAGCAACUUGUCAGAAUGAAAGGUCGCAGCAUAUGAACAAGGCUUCAGCAAUGGCAGUGCUACAGUCACGACUAGACCAACUAGAAAUGGCUCGUCAGACAGCAAUGAAUGCGCAACAUACACAAUCACUAACCGAGAUCAGUUGGGGAAAUCAGAUUAGAACUUAUGUUCUCCAUCCAUACAGAAUGGUGAAGGAUCUGAGAACAAACUACGAAGUCUCUGAUCCUGACUCAGUUCUUGAAGGAGAUUUGGAUGGUUUCAUAUUGAGCUUCUUAUCUUCUUCUUUGGACAAAAGUGAUGAUGAACAUUAAGGUUUUUGAAUCUCGACUCUUGAGCUAUCUCUGCCGCUUUAGUAGUUAGUAUUAAAUAGAGUUGUAUACAAAACUCUGAAACGCAAACUCAUUGUUUUCAAAAGGCUUAAGUUUGUAAUCUUUAUACUCCAAUAUUUCUUCUAGAAUUUAAAUCAAACCUUUUUAAUUUUUUUCUAAAUACAGUAAAUCAUUACGCAUUAGUAAAGCAUCUAAAGAACCAUUAAAUAUGAGAUGGAAGACACUUAAAAACUAACUAAUGAAGCACCAAAGAUAGCUUAUGGGUUUUGUUAAUCCACCCAAAUAAAAUACAAUAAAAUAUCAAUACUAUUAAAACAUAAACAUUUUUUAUCUACUUCCAAAAAUUAUAAUUGUUCAUCAUUAUUGCAUAUGUUGCAUGUGCUCAUCAUAUCUAAUAGAGUUAAAGAUUAUAUUAUAUGAUGAUUUAAUGUGUUAUCCAAUGUUAAAAAAAAAUUACAAUUGAACCACUACAUUUAUUUAACCUCCUAUAGUUUUGAAAAAAUAACUUAGCUAUUAGACUAAGUAUGCACCAUAGCCUUAUACAUUAUUUAAGCUUUAAAGGUGACAAAGGAAUGAGUGAGGGAAUGUAUACUACUAAUACAUGAUACACUUUGGGAGUCUUCCACUAAUUACCCAUACCUUUCAGUCUAAACCAUAUCUUUCAUUAAAGGGAAUUUGGACAUUUUAAGCCAUUAUGUUUUUUUCUUUAAUACUGUGUCGUUUUCUUUAACAAAUAAUGUGAAGGUAUAUAUAUACUUUCUCUGUUCCUAAAAGUAUGAUGUUUUUUUGCAGAUUUUGGAUGUUCUAAUAUAUAAGAUGUUUUUAUUUUUCUAGGUAACUUUUACUUUAUUAAAAACUGUUUUUUUUUUCAUCAUUUACAACCUUAAUUUAAUUCAGUAAUUAGGGAGACGUCUUUUUUUUUUAAGACUGGAUUGUAUUAUUAAGUCUUAUAGUCAAAAAGUUCUAAACAAUGAGAAUUAUCAAAACAAAAGAGUAGAAAAAGGAUACACCAGUAGAGAUCCAAAGUAAACUAACAACACAUCUUGCGUAUGGAUGACUAAAGAUUUUCAUAUAAAAACUCCAUAUUGCUUUUGGAGAAGCUGGAUCUCAAGGGAGAUAAUCUUCUUAUUAAUCCAAAAACACCACGCUUCAGAAUGAAUUGAGAACGAUUAUCACUCUCUUUUUAAUACUCCAGUAGGAGCCACUGAGAUAAGACAACUCUUUAUAUUGCUCUAUUGAUAAUAAUAGAGUCAAAGAGAUUACUGUUCCAUAGAAUUUGAUGCUGCUUUUUGAAGUAACCAUAGUUUGCAGAAAGAACUCCAUCACUGUCACAUGAAGAACAGUCAACGAUUGAAGCCGGUAAGAUCCGUCGCCACCAUCCGCAGUAGAUCUGUCAAUUACCUUUUCUAAACGGUUCAAUUGAACCAAAACUUUUAUCUCUCCAAAUCCAUUGGAAAAAGCAUACAAAAGAAUAAUAAAAAACUUUGCCAGAUUUAAAACAAAUUGGCAAUCAAAUUAAACGCUCGUCUCAAGCGAAGAUAGCCUUCUCUAUAUAUAAUAAAUUAUUAUUUAAAUAAAUAAAUAAAAUAUAUACUUUUAUGUUUUCAAAUUUUAACUUUUUUAUAAUCUUAUUUUUUAUUUUUUCGAAUUCUUUUUUAAAAAUUUUCAAAUUUUCUUUUUGAAAAUUAAAAAUUACGUUUGAAACUAUUUUUUUUUAUUUUUUAAAAUAUUUAUUUAUAUAAACGAGGAGUAAAUUAAAUCAAAGAAAGAGAAGCAGAACGAAUCAAACAAGCCGAUAACGGAGCUAUAGAAGCCUCCUGCCAUCGGCUUGAAACUAUAAAAAAUCUCUUUUUUUUUUCUCUCGACGGCUCUAUUAAAAACUGUUUACUCAAUCAUAUUUUAAUAGUAUUUUUUUGUAAUUGGUUGAAUACUAUUAAUUUUUAGUUUUAAUGAUAUUUUCAGACAAAAAGUAGUUUUCUUAAUAUGUGUGUUUCUACCUAAAUAUUUUAUAUUUAGAAUAGAGGGAGUAUGUAAUUUAUUCUCUCUGGAUUUUCUUAUUACAUUCUCUACUUUUUAAUAUUUUUAAUAGCAAUUAAAAAGUAAGUAAAUAUAGUUUUUUAAAUACGGAUUUCAAUCAUCAUUACACUCCAUUUUCUUUUCUUGAUUGGUUAGUGUAUUCUUUCUAAAUUUACAGAUACCUAUUUUUAGUGUAACAACAAAGUCUUGCCAUAUCUAUCUAUUAUUAUAAAGAAGAGCUACUCUCUUCUCCUAUGAUGCCACAUCAGAAAAUAGAAGGAGGAAAUCACGACACGUGGCACACUAAUUCUCGAGUUAUUUGCUUUCGUUCGUGGAGUGAUUUUUAUGGGCUUUAACAAAUGUUUUAUUCCUUUCUUAUUAUUUCAUGUAAUCGGGUCUUAUCAGGUCGUAUCAAUUUUGUUUGGUCUCAAAAAAUAACCUAAUUAGAAUUUCAUCUUCAUCUUGAAUAUUGAUAAUAGAUUUCUAGGGUUUGUCGUCUUCACGAACUCUGAUUAUGUCAAACAACCAUGAUGUUCUUGAAGGAUCUCCGAGUCAGCUCUUCAUGUUGGUUCUCUGUGCUGUUCAACAUUCCCGCCGUUAUGCUUGCGCUUAAUCUCCUCAAAUCCGUUAUGCAAUGAAGUGCUUCAUCACCAUUAACAGCGUUCUUUAAUCCUUGGAUCCACGCCCACCACGAUCAAUCAUUCAUUGCUUCUUAUCUCCCUUGCAGGCUGUGGAUUUCACCUAUAAAAAGGGCAGACUUCACCUUUCGAAAAACAUCCUCCCGAUUACUAAUAUCAUAAAGAUACUCUUCUUCUUCGAUUUAAUGUCUCGGUCAUCUAUCAUGCUCGCUGAUUUGAAGGCCAGGCGUGUUGUUCUACUGUGGAGGUGCGAUUGUUGAGUUUCUGGGAAGCUAGAAACAUGAAAAGAGGUGGUGAGCUGAUAGGCCUAGACAUGCUCCUCCUUGAAGCUAAGGUUGUUUUGUUCUCUAAACUCAUUAUCAUCGUCGGUUCUGGACACAUCACGGCGUUUAUACUCUGAGUUAUCCAGCUUAUGUUUUCAAUAAUAUAUUAAACCUUUCUCGUUCAUGUUGUUGAAUCCGUUUGUUAAUUAUGUUUUCAUUCAUUUUUCAUGUUUUCAUGCAACUCCCAUACCAGCCACCCUCAACGUCCACCGUCUUACCACUUACCGGAAUAUGUACUCCUUAGGCGGAUUUGAUGUGCCUCGCUGCAAUCAGAAUUACAGGCUCUACGACUCACCUUUUCUGAUUCAGUUUAGUGAUUCACCAACCGAGCUGGUUCUACCAAUUCUUCAGGUUCCGUAAUCACAGUGAACUACUUGGACUGGCUACUAUUUGGUUUAAAAGCUGAUGUAGAAUAAAAUUUAGGAUAAGUAGUUAACUCAUGUGUUACAGCCUUCUGUUUUUCUUUUUUCAAUUGCAACCAAAGGUAUGGAAUUUAGAAUCUAGCGUUGUUUCAUUUGAGAUUUGAUUUAUUAUUUGCAAUUAAUUACUGUUUCAUUAGCAGGGCUACCAAAGCUAUGGAUAUCUGCAAAACUGCCAAAACCAGAAAUAUUUGUCGUCUUCCAAUAGCUCAAAGUGUGAAUCUUUACAUUGUGAAUAUAUCAAGUUCCUUGAGUUUAAACCAUCUGUGAAGUUCAGGGGCUGCAUUUCUCUUUGCAAUUUGAUCAUUGCUCCCUCGACAUCCUUGAAGAGCGAGUAAACAUUCCAAAAAUGGCUGAUAUAAAAUUGAAGAGGCAUUUCUUGGACUACUAUAUCCGACAGUGAACUACAAAGUGUACAGUUACUUGACUAAUAUGUAAGUCAACUUUAUAUUGGUCACAACUGAUUUAUAUGCCAGAGACACCAAAGUGAGAAAUGUAAGCAGCUUUUCAUCUGCUUAGUGCGCUAAGGUUCUUAAGACUCGAUCUAAGAACUCCUACAUGUUCACAAGCAUAGGGUCUGGUUGCUGAGAUUUACUAUAAGCCAAUCUCGGAUGCAACAUAAAUUCGAUUAAGCAACUGAGUUUAUUGAAAGCUAAGGAGAUAUUAUUGAAGAAACAAAGGAAAGAUGAAAAGCCAAAAGCGAAACCCCUGAAUAUGAUCACUGAAAUGGAAUGUAAAUCAAGUGACAGUGAUUGUGACAUAAAUAAGUUGCUGGCAUGAGCUCUUUUGGAAAUAAGGCUAAACUGAUUUUUGAGCCGCAACAGCCAGAAUCUGGAGAAGCAACCAUUCCUACAAUCCAAGUGACUGAUUCCUAUAAAAGCUCGAAAUUGAAAAUUCUCCCAACAACACCGUGAAAACAUAGAAGCUAGCUGUGCCGCAAUCAGCUGCGACAUUGACAUCUUUUCUCUCAGUUGUUAAUUAUAGACGUCUUAAAGUAAACCAUGUUUUAAAAGGUCCUAAUUAUUUUUGAUGAUAUGGUUUAUUUGAUAAUUUAAAAAAUAUGUAAAUCUUUAAA